CCUCGCCUUGCCUCUUCAAUGCAUACGCGUUCACAUUGACCAGUACAAGUUUCGAGAUAUAUUCAGGAGUGAAGCCUUGAAAUAAACCCAUUGGUGCACUGCAGUGUCAUCUUACAGACAACCUGACCAGAGCGUGCUCAUGCUGGUAUAUUAUAUUCAAAAAGGAGUCGAAAAAAAAAACCUAGAGAACCUGAAUGCCUCAUCAAUGAAGCUUUUCACUGGGUGGUGGUGACUGGUGAGUCGAUCAGUAUGUUUUUCCCCCGCGGGGAAAGCGUUCCAGGAAACCAGAUUCCGAGAUUCUCGUACAGAUAGCGGGAAAUGCUACCACUUUAGUCUCUUCUCGUGUUGUCCCCAGGAUAUUAAGCCAACUUGUGGGGUUUGGAAUGACCUCGCCCUCUCGAGACCCUUGGACCCUUUCUUCACAUAAAGGCUUGUUGCUUGGUCCUCCCAGUACUACGACCACCACUGCAACACCACCUCUCCCCAAACAUGAUUUCCGGCAUUCAUCACGUCAAUAUCCUCGUGCCCAACGGCACCCUUGAUCAAGCCACCGAGUUCUACAGCGACACUCUCGGGCUGGUGUCAGCUCCCGUCCCAGAGCUUCAAAAGGGGACCAUCCUCUGGUUUAAUCUCACUCCCGACGGAAGCCAGCAGAUCCACGUGAAUCUAGGACCCAACGCCGAGCUUGACUCUCAAAGACAUGCCUGUCUGCGAGUCUCCUCGCUGGAGGAGCUGCAGAGGCUGCAGAGACGCAUCCUGGCGCAUCACGAGAGCGGAGGUCCUGCGGCCCCGAUGGAUGUAGAUCGAUUGGGAAUGUGCUCGGGACCAACGGGAGAAGAAUAUCCUCGUCGAUUCUUUGCGAGAGAUUUUGCGGGUAAUCGACUCGAGUUUAGUGUUUAAUUAUUGAUGAUAUACUUGGAGGAUUCAAGUUUGAUGUAGUAG